CCCACCCCUGUGGUCACUUACUCCAAAGGCCCAGACCUUCAAAGUGCAGAGACCCAGCCACCGCGCCUUUCUUUUUGCCCUGAGAAAGGAGAAGAAAUGAAAGUGGGGCGUGUUCCCAUCACUCCGCAGAAGGAGUGUGCCUGGGUCGCGAUCUGCAGGGAUGGGAGGCUGCUGGCUGUUACCCUCCUGCUGGCCCUGCUGUCCAGCGGCCUCACGGUGGUGUCCUUAUACCGGUUUGCCGCUCUGCAAGCCGACCUGAUGAGCCUGCGCAUGGAGCUGCAGGGCUACCGGGGUGCACAAGCACCAGCCGCCCCGGGGGCUCCAGGGGCCACCGAAGCAGCCAAACUCCUGGCACCGGCAGCUCCGCGAGCCCACAACUCCAGCAUCGGCCCCAGGAACAGACGCUCUUUCCAGGCUCCGGAGGAAACAGUCACUCAAGACUGUCUGCAGCUGAUUGCGGACAGUGACACACCGACGAUCCGAAAAGGAUCUUACACGUUUGUUCCAUGGCUUCUCAGCUUUAAAAGAGGAAGCGCCCUGGAGGAAAAAGAGAACAAAAUAGUGGUGAAGCAAACGGGUUACUUCUUCAUCUACAGCCAGGUUCUGUACACAGAUACCAUCUUUGCCAUGGGACAUCUCAUCCAGCGGAAGAAAGUGCACGUCUUUGGAGACGAGCUGAGCCUGGUGACCCUGUUCCGAUGUAUUCAGAAUAUGCCGAGAACGCUGCCCAACAACUCCUGCUACUCGGCUGGUAUCGCCAGAUUGGAAGAAGGAGACGAGAUUCAGCUGGCCAUCCCUCGAGAGAACGCGCAGAUUUCCCGGGACGGAGACGGCACCUUCUUCGGGGCCCUGAAACUGCUGUGACCUACUCGCCGGAUCGUGUGGCCCCUUUGCUCCUCUCCUCCGUACCUCCGAGGGGAACGUGAGCAACUGGGAAUACCAAAAGAGGGGGAAGCCACCACCAGACCUUUGCUUGUGAGCUGUUUAUUUUGGUUCACCGAAUCUGGGCCAACCCAGGAAAUUUGACAGACAACCACAAUCAAAGUCUGUCGUGUGAAUGACGAGAAAUGGAGCCCGCAUUCUUAAAGUCAGGACCCGGGAGGCAGGCUGUGCUCCGCAGUCAAAGCCAAUGCGCACCAUGCCCUCGGGUCUCCUCUGGAUACACACGGUUCAGAAGGCCGGGAGAUUUCCUCAGUGGUGGGCUUUCGCAAUUCGCGGUGAGAAGAGGGUCCGUAUCUGUGGGUCAUUGAAACAUUCGUGCAAAGUCUCAGGAUUUAUCUUCUCUUUUCACAUUCAAUAGACUCUUCUCUUUUCCAGUUAACACUAGGGAAAGUUUUGUUUGUUUUUGUUUUAAUCUAGGAGUCUUGAACUAGUUAUAGACGAAAAUACUUAAUAGAAGUUCAGUUUUUGUCAGUUUAAAAUAAACUUAAUUUAAAAUGUGUAAGCAUCCAAUAAUUAGAAAAGACCCGACUAUUGGAGUUUUCUUGGUUCAGGUCAAAUGUGCAAUUGUUUCUGACAUCAAAGUCUUUUUCAUGGGAGGAAAGGAUUCCCUCAUUUCGGAUCACAUGUGUAUUUUGUAAUAACUUCCAGUUGCUUUAUACGAUGUUACUGCAGACACAUCUGACGUGUGUACAGAAACCACUAAUUCGAAACUGUAGUCGCACUCACACAAACCCCACUUUGAGCAUCUGUAGCAGGGGAAUACAUUUCGUUCCUGUCCAGUUCCGCCGCCUGCUGCCGCGGCUGCCGGUCAGGCAGUUCAGCCCCGCAGGAAGCGCCCGCCUUAUUUGCUCUACAGUAGUUGAGGUUUAAGCAGAGGUCAUAGCAUAUGGUGUCAACGCAAGGCACAUACAUGCUCCCCUUGAUGACCACGAGGACACUGCUGCCCAUGCAUAUUCCACGGCGUCUGUUUCCUGUGCAUCAUGUCUUCUGUGUUACUAGCUGACCCCACUAGAUGCUUUCCUCCAUUCAAGAGGAAAUGGAGGAAGAGACAUUUCCCCGUUUACCUUACGAUAGUGUAAAGAUGGCACCGUCACAACACAGGAAAGCAGUCAUUUAAAUCUGUGUCACGAAUCUCAUGUUGUUCAGCUCUCUGUUUUCUGUGUCUUUUGCUUUGGGGUUCAAGUGAGAUGGACUUGGAAGUUUAUUUUGUUUCAUAAGACAAUAAUUAAGAGGCAGCAGUGGUAGGUAGGGAAGAGCAUUGACCCAGAGGAAUGGCUAGGGAAUUCCAGAGCGCCACUGCUAAGGUCGGCUGCCAGAGAAAACCACUGUGCCUUCUGCCCCGGCGCCCGAGUGAGCCUGUCUGCCAACACCCACCUUUGAUGCUUCUCUGUUCAACUGUAACUUUGAGAAAAUCAGGUGAGAGCAUUCUGGGCCCUGUAAAAUAACAUGUCAGGGCAGUAAUUGUAAAGCGUGGAUCGUUUACACAUCUCCAAGGGAUCUUCUCAUGUCAACAUAUCACCAUUAUUUCUGAGAGAAUACAGUUCAGCAAAAAUACUGGAUUUGAAUAGGGGUGUUUUAGGGAAACUCCCAAGCCUGGUGUAUGUGUCAUAAGACACCCAUUUUGAGUUUUCUCUGUAACCUGCACACUGAUUUCCAUAGUCUCUAGACUAGUUUACAUCCUAUCAGUGGUGAGUUCCCCUGACCACCAAGACUUGUUUUCAUUCAUCUUUUUUGACUGGGGUGAAAUGGGACCUCACUGUGAUUUUUAUUUGCAUUUCCCUAGUGGCCAGUAAUGUUGAACGCUGUUUCAUAUGUUUUUGUUUUUGUUUUUUUUUUUUUUUUUUUUUGGUUUUUA